GCCUGUGUGAGGCUCGGUGAGUGUGUGUUUUUUUAUCCCGUCUCUCUCUCUCUCUUUUUUCAUCUCUUUCUCUCCCCUGACCGCCAAAGAGAGGACAGAGAGGCAGACAGUGGAAUUAUGUGACAUGAAUAAUAUGGCGAAGAAACGAGCAGUGACCGUCAUCUCUGGUUCGUUUGCGUCAGUGUGUGCAGGUCUGGAGGAGAGAGGAGGCACAGGGGGGAAAGAAAAGAAAAAAAAACAGAAAGCAAAGGGAACAACUCCUAGACAGGAAGAGAGAGUCAAGAGGAUAACCACACCUGUGUCAGGCCUGUGUUUGGACGGGCCAAUCAAACAAUCAGACAGUUCUCUGCUGUCGUCUGUCAGCGUCGCUUCUUGUUUCCAUAAUAACACAGAGCUACGCCGACUGCUGACUAGUCCACUUGGCUGAUUCGUGGAAAGAAGCUUGAGUGUUGACUUUGUCCCCCCCUCACCUCCAUCACCCCCAUCAGGGUGAGAUAGCCAUCCACUGAGGCAGAAUCUAACAGGAGGGAUCCCAGUGGUCUAUCUGGACUCAGUAUUGAUCUCCUCUGUAAAGGAGAAGAGGGAAGGAGGAGGGGUUGCUUCCUUUUUUCUUUUUUUUUCUUUUUUUGCCCAGAGAUAAACAAUGCACUUCUUGGAUGGAAAAAAAAGAAGACCCACUGGAACUCCCUUUCAUGUUGUGUUCCCAUUUGUCCGGAAACUACCGAGUGUGCCAGCCUGGACCGUCCCGAGAAGCACAGAUGCUCUCAAUGUGGAGGACCAGCAUCCCUUACAUCUCUCUCUCUCCAUCCUUUCUUUCGUGACAUUGUCCAACAACGUAUCGCAGCACCACAUUGGAUUAUUUAAUUCAUUUUUUCUUUAUUUAUUUGUUAUGAAAGCUCACACUCAUCCACACGUGUCUCCGCUACCUGUUUCCUGAGCUUGGCCGGGUUUGAAAGUGUACUUUUUGGAGAUGGCUCUGACCUUUGUGGUUGCGUUGUUUCCAGCACGCCCACAGACGAGCGCAGGGGAAACUUGGCGCUGCUCCCGCGCGAGGAGGGCGUACAUUGUGUGCAGAGRGAGAGAGAGGAGGGCUUUGAUGUAAUCAAUAUCAGAUUUCAGCUGUUUCGCUCGGAGCUCUUAUCCUGAGUGGCAGRCUUGACUGACUUCCUACUGCUUAUGCAAUCCCAGUUCUUUCUCCCACCUCCUCCUCUUUUGCACCUCUGCCCAUUACUCUCCCCUCUUAUCUGUCUGUCUCUGCAACACGCCAUUCCUUCACCUUUUCUCCCUCCUCCUCUGGCUUCUGCUUCUCCCUUCGUCUCUCUCACGUUAUAAUCACCUCUGUGAUUGCUCUUCCUCUCCCGGGCGGCGGCGUGUUCGCCGCUGCCUCCUUGUCUAACCCGCCGAUGCCAGAUUAUUGCUGGAUGAUUACAGCCACCACACCAUCAUGAUCGUUAUUGCAUUUUGCGUGGCAGUGUUCAACACUGCACGAGCAGAUCYAGAUGCUUUAUCCAAUUUAGAUCUCAUUAAGGCUUGAGAGGAAAUAUCCCGGCAACAAGACUCUGCAUUCUCAGCUUUUCUUUUUUGUUUUGUCUUUGCCUUUCUUUUUUUUUAUCUGGCACAGCUUCUUCUAUUUUUUCCCUUCCCCACUUUCUGUCUUAUUACAGAGCCACUCUCGUCCCCAUCACCACCACUUCCUGGUCCUGCCUGCCGCAAACGGCCUCCACGUUUCAAAACAUAAAAGAAGGAAAAUCGGUAGAGUUGUGACGCCUCAGCUGCGACAGGUCUUCACGGUCGUCGAUAGCCUGACAAAUUUUGCCUGAUUGAUAAUCUCGGGGGUCGAUUUGAACAUUUUUCUGCGCCCUCGUCCUUGUGCUCUCUGACUGCCGUUCGUCUUAUUAAGUGGAGCAGCCCAUUAGGCGGGGAGCAUCAUGAAUCUGAUUUGCAUUUACUCAUAUUCAUAUCGCAUACAUUAAAAUAACACAUGCGUGACAUUUGGGCUUCGCCAGCCAUUUGAGAAUUCACAUGAAUAUAUUCAUCAUAGACCCCCCCACCCCCCAACACACACACACACACACACCCUGCCACGUUUACCCCUCCAAAAAGCCACUCAGAACAUGAUAAAAUGUGGUUCGCAGGUGAGCCGGGCCACGUGUGCAUCUUAGUUUUGCAUUUAAAGUGUCGUUAUUUGAAUUUGUAAUCCAACCCGACACCACGACAGCUGAGCGACUGUUGCAGCUGGUUUUUCAAUCAAAUGAUUUUGUCUCGCUUUUUAAACGCCCCUUUAUUUAGAGCCUUGUUUUCCGCUUGCUGAGUUCAGUACAUUUUACAUGUUUACCAUGGUUUGACUCAUAUCAGGACGCACCAUGGCCUCCAGUUGGCCUAUCCAUCAUUAUUCCAGGAUAAUGAAAUUCCUUCCUUGUGGCUCUGCAGUCUGUGUGAUUUAACAUUUAUUUUCUGACUGCUUGAAUAUGCUUAUGAUGUAUCACCAAUCUGAUUCAUCCCGAAGUGCCGUAUUUUUCUUUCUUUCCCCCUCCUGCUCCUCCUUUCAUCAUGGGUGCGUUUGUGCUUCAAUGUCUCCGUGUUUGCCUCGCCUUGCAGUGCGAUAAAGGCCCUAUGUGGGGCCGCGGGCUGCUGAGCUGAAGGGGAGACGCCGCAGGAUGCAGUGGGUCACUCUGGCCGUGGCCCUGGGCUGUGUGCGCCUGUCCCAGGCGUCGCACGGCCCCACCCCCACCCCCACCUCCACGCACACCCCUCUGGUGGACAACUCCGAGGAGGAAGUGGACGAGCCGUGCUUUGAGCCGUGCACGUGCGAGGUCAAGGAAGGCGUCCUGCACGUGCACUGCGAUGGGCGGGGCUUCACCAACGCCAGCCAGGUGUCACAUUCAUGGAUCCGCCCUUUCAAGCUCAACCUCCAGAGGAACUCUUUCAGACGUCUCUAUAGUAAUGGAUUUCAACACCUUGGCAAUGCGGUGUCGUUAAACCUCGGCAACAACGCACUCCAGGACAUCCGAGUGGGAGCCUUUAAUGGGUUGGCCAAACUCCGACGGCUCUACCUCCACGAAAACAAGCUGGAAGUCUUCAGGAAUGACACCUUUGCCGGCUUAGAGGCUCUGGAAUACCUCCAGGCUGACUACAAUGUGAUCAAACGAAUUGACAGCGGCGCGCUGAGGUUUCUCUACAAGCUCCGGGUUCUCAUUCUGAAUGACAACCUGAUCCCAGUGUUGCCUGCUCAUCUGUUCAGGUCUGUGUCUCUGACUCAUUUGGACCUGCGAGGGAACCGUCUGAAAAGCCUAGCAUAUGCUGGGACCCUGGAGUAUGUUGGCCGUUCCCUGAUGGAGCUGCAGCUGGAGGAGAAUCCCUGGAACUGUGGCUGCGAGGCGGUGCAGCUUCAGCAGUGGCUGGGUCAGAUUCCCUACACAGCCGUGGUGGGAGACGUCACCUGCGAGUACCCGUUCCACCUUCACGGCAAAGACCUGAGGGAGAUCCCCCGCAAGGAACUGUGCGCCGACCUGCCGGAUAAAGAGCUGCAGGGAGAGCGGGGAGGUCCGCCCGCCGGAUCCAAGCCUCACGCUUCGCCCCCUAACUCCAAACCCAACGCUCAUCCCGGGAGAGUCAGGCCCACGAAACCGUCCUCUAUGGUGCACGGCUCCCGCCAGAGUACUCACACGUCCUCCACUUCAUCUUCUUCUUCCUCAGCGGAGCGCAGGGACCGGGAGAGGCACCCGAGGCCGACUAAAAGACCGCGGCCGUCCAGAACGUCCCCCACGUCUCGCAGUCUGGUGCCCAACCAGAAUCCCCCCGUGGCCGGUUACCAAACGCGACCCCCCAUCCCCAUCAUCUGCCCCAUGGGCUGCACCUGCAACCUGCACAUCACCGACCUGGGCCUCACCGUCAAUUGCAAGGAGAGCGGCUUCCUCAACGUGUCCCAGCUCACGCCACGGCCCCUCAACGGCCGCAAGCUCUACCUGAGCGGGAAUUUAAUCCAGAGCAUCUACCGCGCCGACUUCUGGAACUUCUCCAGCCUGGACCUGCUCCACCUGGGGAACAACCGCAUCUCGUACGUGCAGGAGGGGGCCUUCUCCAGCCUGAUCAGCCUGCGGAGCCUCUACCUGAACGGGAACAACCUGGCGCAGAUCAGCCCCCACAUGUUCCUGGGGCUGCAGAAUCUGAGAUACCUUUAUUUCGAGUACAAUGAGAUCCGUGAGGUAGAUCCUGGCACCUUUGACUCCAUGCCCUCCCUCCAAUUGUUGUUUCUUAACGCCAACCUGUUGCGAAGCCUCCCGCUCGGCGUGUUCUCCAGAGUCAGUCUGGCUCGGCUCAACCUGAGAAACAAUCACCUCCUGCAGCUUCCCAUGGAGGGAGUGCUGGAACACCUCAAAGGACUGGUGCAGGUGGACCUGCAGCAAAACCCGUGGGAGUGCAACUGCGUGGCAGCUCCACUGAAGCGUUGGCUCGAGGGGCUCAGCGCGGUGGUUGUGGUGGGAGAGGUGGUCUGUCACUCCCCGGAAAAGACCAAGGGUGUAGACCUGCGCUCCCUCUCCAUGGAGCUGCUCUGCCCCGAGCUGGAGCCCCAGGAGGACCAGGAGCAGGAGGGGCAGACAGCAACCUCUCCAGCUGCAGAUGGAGGCGUGUCGGUUGGCUACCCCAGCUCAGGGCUGGGACCUCUCGUCCCUCCAGGGAUGGAUUCCAUCCCUCUGUCGGUGUUGGUGCUCAGCCUGCUGGUGUUGUUCGUCUCCGCGUUCUUUGCGGCAGCGGCACUAAUCGCCUACGCCCUGAGGAGGAGGGACAAGCUGCCGUUUCGUCGUCAGGGAGAGGUGGACUUGGCCGGCAUCCAGAUGGAGUGCGGGAUCUUCACCGAGCAGACGCACCAUCACCACCACAGCCUCCCGGAGAAGCCCCCUCUACCUCUGCCCGAGCACAACCACGUCUACGACACUAUCUUGCCCCCGGAGGCAGCGGCCAAAGGUGUCGACCCUGCUGCAGCCUCACACAUGUGUAGCAACUCCAUCUACAAGGACGAGCGAGACGCGGCGGUGAAGCAGCGACCGUCGCCGCUGCAGCAACAGACGUUCGCAGCUCCGAAGGAGGGCCACGGGGGGUACUGUUCUGCGUCAGAGAAAGGGAGGGAGUGGGCCCUGGAGGUGUCCUCGUCACCCAUCAACACCGUAACGGGAGCAAUGGGACCUCUCGCCGGCCUCCACGGGAACGGCAUCCUGUGCCCCACGGUCAUCGACAGCCAGGGCCCCACUCCUAAGGUGGAGCUGGUGGACUGCCUCUUCAGACUCUCCACCCCGGAGUUCAGAGAGCUCUCAGACAGGUACGCGAGGCCCCCGCCCUGCUAUCCUCUCACCCAAGACUCCAAACAGGAAGCGAGACCCGACCCAACGCUUGUGGUCACCACGGCGGGCGUCAGUCACGACGGGCCGAACGAGCCGGGGCCUGGAGAGCAGAGACCCAGACUGAAAACAACGCCAGACUACAUGGAGGUUUUGGACCGCUCUUACCAGUUUUAACACUCCUCCACCUCCCUCUUCUCCUCCUCUUUCUGCUCCCUUUCCUCUCUUGUCUCCUCAUCACCUCCCUCUCUGGUGAUGAAUCACCUGGUAACAAUGACUCCUGUACAGAGGUUGGCUUUGAAAGGAGCCUGUGGGGGAGUGGGACCGCACUACACCAUGUUUAUUCUCGGAGCUGAGGUCAGGUUUUUGUAUUUCCUCCACUACUGGCAUAUGGGUUUGGUAUUUGGCAAGGAUUAGCCGAUCCAAGAUUCUCGCCUGGAGGUAAAACUUCAGCUGCAGUUACCAUCAUAUUUUAGUUUCCCUCCAGAGUCCUGAAAGCACGGAGGGCUCCGUUUUUCUACUAAGCAUCACAAUUAGCAGGACGGAGCGCGAUGGUUGUGGGCGUUCACGUUCAUAUCACCGCUCUCAAAGGGAAAGUGUAAAACACCAGCUCGUAACAUCAAACACAGAGCUGGAAACUCGGACGGCCGGAAGGUGCGGAGCAAAGCUGGGGCGCUCACAGAAGACGGGGAAACGACAGAGACAAAACAAGAAGGGAAAUAACUGAAAAUAGCCAAGUGCCUUAGCAACGAACAGCCAGCAGUGUGGUCAAUGCUUAUUUUUCUAUAAAUACAGAUCUAUUUAUCUAAACAAAGAGGUUUGGCUACCAAUGGAUGGGACGCAGGUGGAUGACUGAGACUAAAAAAAAACAAUCAAAACCUAAAGAAUUGCAUUCCCUUGGAUGAGCCAAAAAUAAUAAUAUAUCUGGUCAGUGUUGGAGUUGUUUGUAUGCGGUUCUGUUAAUUUCCCAUCAUUUCAUCUUUCAUUUUCUUACCCCCCAGUGAUUUCUUUACAGAGCUACGAUGAGGGGAUUUAUCUGGGGAAUAAUCUGUCGCUGAGUUGAAAUUGUAAGAUUCAAUUUCAAAGGAAAGAAUUUUGGAAAUUACCACCACUCUUUAUUUUUUUUGGGGGGAGGGGGGGGGCAACACAAAAAAACGAACGGAGGCCGAAUUACACGAAAGACAUUGUGGCGACGGAUGCGUUUUGGAUUUCUUUAGACUCAACUGGGCCACGAAGACCUCUGCUUCAUGUUUCCUUUCAUUCCACAAAAGGCACAUAUUGAUUUGGAAAUGUUUCUCAAAGGAAAGCUAAGUGGCAAAUUAGAAAAUAAAGACAAACCAGGUGGACGUAACAUUUUUUUGUUCAUACAAGGAAAAAAAACACUUCUAUCAACUACUGAUUAAUAUCUUUUACGGAGGUACUUUUUAUGCUUUCAUCUCCUACCAAUCGUAGAGGCAGUUGUGAAUAUAUUUAUUCUUAGUUUUUUUUUUCUUUUUGCGUGCUGAAGCUCUCCUGCAAGGGAUCAUGUUACAUUAAUGUAUAGGAUGAUUCUGCAUCUGGUUCAGCCUUCUUACCGUCAACCCACGAAAUACAAUAAAGGGUGCUACAUUAAAAAAACAA